GCUAGCAGAAGCCGCGACCGCGGCAGUGGAGACGAUGCCGGCAAGGCAGCUCGCUAAUCCGAGGGAGAUGCAGAGAAAUCCACUAGAGAGUCCACAGAGACCCAGGGACGGCGGACGCCGAGAUAAGUCCACCUGAGCGCACAGAAGGGAGCAGGAAAACAAACUUGCAGCUACGAGCACUCGAGCCUGAACGAGACAAGACAGGACAGGUAACAAUACAACCUAUGGCAGUCAGAACAAUGGUAUAAACCACAACAGUCUGACAAAAGACAGCGAAACACUGAGAGCUAUUAAAGGGGAAGAUAACUAGAUGAACAAGAACCAGGUGUGAGAGAAGAUGAGCUAACAAACAGGGAAACAAGGGGGGUGGAGACACAACAACACGGAUAAAGAGCAUGUGGCGAGCUGUCAAAACAAAGCCACGCACCCAACACAACACACCGCACAUACACAGACACAGCAAAGAUACAGGUGAUCAGACCCGAGACCCGACAGCCUUGGUCUGAAGCAAGAAGCAAGUCAUUUGUAAUUUUAACAAGUGCAGUUUAUGUGCUAUGAUGGGGCCUGAAACCUGACUGAGAUAUUAAUGUCAAUAUGUAAUAUACAAAGGAGUGGUAGUAGGAUUUUGCUGGGUACAAGUCCAUGUAAGAAUAGCUGGAAAUGAAAGGGAUGAGUUGGCAAAAUAAAUAAAAAAUAUAUAAAAAAAAUGGUUGUAAAACAAAUAUAUAAAUAAUUAAAUUACAAGGAAAGAGUAGGAAUAGAGGAAAUAAGAAAUUGAUGUUAAUUAAAUAAACCAGCCAUAACAACAAAGUAGGUGGCGAUAUGGACACAGAAUGCAAUAUAGGCAACCCAAGUAAAAGAAAAAGAAGAAGAGAAAAAGUAAAAGUAGAAGAAGGAAGUAUGGGGGAUAUUGGACCCAACACCAGAUUAUUUAUGGAAAAAAUGUUUGUGCUUGUGUAUUUGUUGUCAUGCUUGACGUUCGUCAGAGCAGGUUCUCACUCACUGAUGGCUUUGGCAACAUAUAUAAAUGGACAAACACCAUUUCCUGAGUUCAGUGUUGUGCUGAUGUUGGAUGAUGUGCAAAUAGCAUAUUAUGACUCAACCACAUGGAAACCUGUCUAUCGCUCUCACAGUGAAUCAAAAUAUUAUGAUGAAGAGCAAAGGGAUGCUGGUGUUGUAUUUCAGUAUAUUUAUAACAACCUGAAAAAUUGGGAAUUACAUUGUAAGGAUCGAUUAAAUCACACAGAUGACACAGUGUUACAUGUUACUCAGAGACUUGUUGGAUGUGAAUUAUUGAACAAUGAUGAACCAGGUUUAUUUAAGUCUUGGGAUGCUUUUGAUGGACAAAAUAUUGGGGAUCUCACAUUUGACAUGGGAAAAAAUGAAAUCCACAACACAAUGCAAUGGGGAAUAGCAUGGGAGCAAGGAAAGCAGCUUCAUGUAAAGUUCGUUCUUCAAAAUGUUUAUCACCCUAUUUGCAUUAAAACCUUGCGGCGGUACCUGAACGUGGAAAAGAACAAUGUCAUGAGAAAAGUGAAGCCCAGAGUCAGACUCAUGAGGAAGACGCUCUCAGAUUCUCAAGGGCUUCAGAUCAGCUGUCUGGCCACUGGUUUUUACCCCCGUCACAUUAACCUGACCCUGUUCAGAGAUGGUCAGCCUGUGGAUGAUGAUCAGAUCACAGGAGGAGAGAUUCUGCCCAACGGAGACGGAACUUACCAGAUGAGGAAGAGUUUGAUGAUCAGUGAAGAAAAGCUACGUGAGGAACAUAAAUACAACUGUUCAAUGAAGCACCUCAAUCUGGACAACAAACUGGACAUUACAUUUGAUGUGGCUGAAUCUGACCCAGGAUCAUCUACGCAGUCUGUAGUUUUCAGUGUGCUGGUGUUCAUGUGUGUGGUUGUUUUCAUCAUAACUGUACUCAUCGUAUGGAGGAAGAGACAGGCUGCUGGACGAGGAUCUGAGACAUCACAGAAUAAAUACUAUCCUACUCCAUCUUCUGCCUCUAAUGAAAAGUUCUCACUCACUGAUGGCUUUGGCAACAUAUAUAGUUGGACAAACACAAUUUCCUGAGUUCAGUGUUGUGCUGAUGUUGGAUGAUGUGCAAAUAGCGUAUUAUGACUCAACCACGUGGAAACCUGUCUAUCGCUCUCACAGUGAUUCAAAAUACUAUGAUGAGCAAAGUGAUGCUGGUGUUGUAUUGCG